CGUCAAAACUCUCUUCUUGGGCCCGACAAACAUUUCCCUCUCAACGGAGAUGUUUGUCCCAAAAUUGUGCUCCAACAACAGCCACUUGUGCAGCGCUCGGCUGGCCCAUCACUGAUGGACCAGAACACCCGUACUGUUCAAGACUUGCUGUCAACAUCCCGAAUUGACGCUGACGCCGCUUAUUCAUCCAAAGUCCAGGAGUCUGUUCUCGAAGAGGCACAAGCAGCUGCUGGUGAUUGGCCCGUCGAGGUGAAGGUUCAAGAAUGCCCACGACUGUUGAAGAAAGAUAUGAAACAUCUGUUUCCUGGAAUGCAGUUCGAUAACGUUACUGUCAGUGUGCUAAACAUCACUCAGAAGACGCAAAAUGACAUGAAAGCCUGGAACGAAGAGAUGGAAAAGGAACGUGAAAUGCUUACUGCCUCGUUUAUCUCCUCUGCCACUGCCAUUUGCUCAACUCUUCGCCGCUGUGGUUACUGGGCCGAUUUCAUUGAUCCCUCCUCCGGCAGACCGUACCUAGGGAAGUUUACUAAUCACACUCUUUUCGAAACAGACGACGCUUACAAAGAUAUGGGAUUCCAAAUUGAGGAUCUAGGUUGCUGUAAGGUCCUCCAACAUGUAGUGUGGGGAACCAAUGCCUUUGUGGGAACGCUUUUCACUGACGCUCCACCCGAUUGCGCCAUCGUUAAGGAUAUCGUCCGCAAAGUGAACUCGGAUGAGGCUGUUGUAAGCCAGCAUAAAUGA